AGAUUUAGCUCAAUUACCUUCCAUAACUGGAUUACCUGUAUACAAAUCAUCAGAAUGGAAAUUGUUUUAUUCCUUAUGCAUAAGACAAUUUCAAAGAAUAAACCAAGAUAUACGAUACUAUAAUAUCUUACAAGAAAUUAG